CGAAACGUAAGAGAGAAACGGGAGGAACGAGAGGAGAGCAUCGAGGAGAGAGUACGAUACAGAGUAAAGUGUUGGCGAAAUCUACUUCGAUGAUCGAUUUGCGAAACGUGAAACAAACGGCACAAGUUGAUGCACAGACGCACGAGCGGAGAGGCCACGAGCUGUCAAUUUGUCGCGAUGUUGUGAAUCAUCUCUAUUUCGGGAGACACCCGUUUGGUGGUCCUACCCCCUUCGUUUUUGAGGUUAGCUCGCCCGUAAUCCGCCUCGACUCUCAGACGUAUACGGUCAUAUACGGCCAAGAGGCAGAGGAACAGAAUCUCCGCCAUCGGCACAAGCUACUAGGCAGUUCUGGCAAAGAAGAGGAACAGUCUGCAGAGGAGGAUGCAACCAGAUACAGAGAAGUCGUCGGGGGCAGAGCAACGAGGAGAAUGGAUUUUAUGGGGGAACUUCGGAAGCCUGGAACCGGGGGUCGUACUGGCGGUGGCCAUAAAAAAACUAGGCGCCCGCUUCAGGAUACGACGAGAUAGGAUAUGUUUUGCCAAAAGCUGGGAAGCGUCGCGACGGCGCCAGGAAGUCUGGAGCCAAUGUCCCGGGCUCUCCUGGUUACUGUCAAUUCCAACUGACUUCUAUCCCAGAAAUUCGUCCCAAAAACUACGUCGUCGAUGAGUUUUCGCUUUGCUAAAUUCUUUAUUAUCGUUAUAUUUUUCAAUAAUAUUAUAAUUCUUCCUCUGGAUUAUUUAUUGCGGAUGAUACAUUAUAGCUUUAAAGAAGGAAUCAAAGAUGUGUUAUUCGUGAUAUAAUUUUGUUGGCAUAAAUACUCAAAGCAAAGUCAAUUACUUUUUAGAAAAGGCAAGCCGUCUCACUACUGCCACGAUAUCGUUACAAAAAUCCACUUCUGUUAUCAAACUUUAUUUUCCAGUGCACUUGUGACAAAAGAAAGAAAGAUUGUCUCGAGGGAAAAUCAUAAUUCCUUCUGUGGAUACGGCGUUUCACGUGACGUUUAACAAUACAGGGGGAUUAACUACGAGCAAAGGGUGAGGGAUAGAAAGAAAUCUAUACGCGGUCGAGGGAAAACUUGCCAAAGUUUCGUAUGAAAGGGUGUUCCUUCGCGUGCUACUGUGCGAGUUCAUCUCCGUUUUGGAUACAGAUGAUUUAUGAGCGAGACGACGGCAAACGAUGGACAUAAAUCCAGGAAUAAAUUCAUUUUUCUGAAAGGUUUCGAUCGUCUCCGUGCCAGAUUAUGGUCUACCCUACCCACUACUAUUGCUUGAGAUAUGUAGAUAAGAUACAAGUAUGCAUUAUGCGAGCCAGGGAAUAAAUACGUCUUUCGAAGGAUAGUUCUCAGAAUUUAUUCGACGAAUCCAUUUAUCUCGAUCUGUUUAUCUGUGCGAACUGUUGUAAGCAACUUAUCCACGCGAAUUCGAUGAGUCACAAAGACGACGACAGUAUUCUUGUAAGUCCGUGUCUUUUCGCUGAACGUACGGUAGAAAGAAAAUUUUCA